CAACGUAGGAAAAACAAUUCAUUUCUUUUUGAAGGAUUAGGUAAAACUACAAUCCGCUACUUGUAAUAUCUAAGCAAUCUUCAAAUCAUUGAAUAUGAUGAAACAAAAAUCUUAGAAAGAUUAAAAAUCAUGGUGAGAUUCUUUCCUAUUGAUCAUAUCGGCGACAUACCAUGCCGAUUACCUGUUAAAAGUCUUGUGCGAUUCAAGAGUCUCUCGAGGCCAUGGCAUUCUUUGAUGGAUGAUCCAUGUUUCGUCGGUUCUCAUCUCAAACACGCCACUGAAACCAACAGAGGUUCGAAGCUUAUUACACGGUUCUUAAGUGAACUUGAUCUUUUGUGUGCAGAAGAUUUAGAUUCAUUAGGCACAGGCAACCUAGUAAAGCUUGGUCUUCCAACAAAGAAUAAUUGGAGUGAGUGCAUCAGUUUACUUGGUUCAUGCAAUGGCUUGAUAUGCUUAGGUGAUUGUGAGAAUCUCAUCCUGUGGAACAAAUUAACAGGAGAAUACCGAAAUGUUGGACUCCCACCUGGUGCACUUAACCAAGAACAGAAGCUCCUACCUUUCAGAAGCCACGGGUUUGGAUAUGACUCCAAAAAUGAUGAUUACAAAAUAAUGGGAAUUGUUGACUAUUAUUCUAAAGGUUAUGUUUUUAGGAGGCAUGAAAUCAAAGUUUAUAGCUUGAGAAACAAUACCUGGAAAAGCAUUCAGUGCAGACUUCCUUUCUUCUCUGGAGGAGCAAAAACUGAAGACCAAAUGGGGAAAGGCCUGCUUGCUUGUGGAGCACUCAAUUGGUUGGCAUUUUGGGAUGAUUGGAUAGUUACAACAAACAUUUUUUCAUCUAUUCUUUUGACCUUGCAACUGAGCAAAGUUGGACGACAUGCAGAUGUUGAUGUAUGGGUGAUUGAGGAUAUGGUGAAGAACUCCUGGACUAAAUUGCUCCGGAUACCAGGUGACAGUUUGUUGAAAUUCAUGAGGCCUCUAGCUUACUUGAGAAGUAGUAAUGAAAUACUGUUUAAAUCCGAUCUUUCCGGCUUUCUUUGGUACAAUCCAGGAAAUGGAGAAUUGGAGGAUGUUUAUACUGGUUAUGAUGGAUGUAUUCCCGCAGCACCAGAAAUCUGUUUAGAUACCCUUGUCUCCAUAAGUGCUUACUCAGACUGCCAACACCGGAAAACAAAGGAAAAGAGCGAAAAACGUCCAAACAUAUCAGUAAACCAAAAACAGGGUAACAUUUUCAAGAGCAGGGGAGCAGACUCUUCUACAUUAGCUAUUCUUGUUGAUCUUAUUGUUCCUGUAGCUUUUGUUUGCUUAAUCAUUAUUCUAGUCAAAGAGGUAUGUCAUCUGUGCAGGUACUAGGGAAUUUGCUAGAAAGUACCUCGUCAUGACCUCCUCAAGGGAUGAAACAUUCAUCAAAGUGGAGAGGAGAAGCGACUCAAGAUUGUUAAUAAACUAAAAUGACAGGC